GAAAUAUAUAUUCAUCUCGUAGUACACACACAAUGUAGGCAGCUGUUCAAAUUUGAGGAUUGAUUGAGAAGACUCGGCACGUUAGCUUAACUCUCAAUGGUACCUAAAUUGAUCUCCUAGCAGAUACCAGACAAAAUGACGAAGAAAUAUCCUACCCGAGGAUCUACUCUGUUUGAUUCUACAUCGGUUUUAACAUCACGACCAGCCACAUCUGACUCUCCCAAGAGCACAAAAUCAACACCCUCAAGCUCUUCUUUGUCUCCUAGCCAUGAAUACUGGAUCCACACUACUACCCUUUUCAACAGUCGCACCAAAGCUUUCGAUAAAAACAUUUCUCUUCAAGUAAACACAAAGACGGGUCUAAUAACAAAAGUGAGCACGCGAGAAAACUCAUCAGUUAAUUCAUUCGGAGAUAAUGAUAUCGAUCUCCGAGGGAAAACCGUUCUACCAGGAUUCGUAGACGCGCAUACUCACAUCUUCCUCCACCGUGUAGAUGAGACUGGAUCACCAUAUUUGAAUCAAGAACGGGACGAAUCUCUCAUUUCCCGCACCAUUCGUGCUACAACCAAUUGUCGUCUAGCUCUGCUAGCCGGAUAUACCACGUAUCGCGACCUCGGAACCGAAGGAUGCUACAAUGCUGAUAUUGGUGUUCGUGACUCCAUCAAUCGCGGUCUCAUUCCUGGGCCGCGUUUGUUCGUCGCUACGGAACCUCUGGCGUCUAGUGGAAGCUAUGAGAUUCGCCAAGAGAAUAAGUUGGGAGGAACAGAAACCCCGCGUUUGAGUGAUCCUUGUGAUGGGAUUGAAGGAUGUAGAGCAGGAGUGAGGAGAAGGAUUGGAGCUGGGGCGGAUGUCAUUAAGAUCUAUGCUGAGUAUCGAAGACGCGAAUUGCGCUAUCCAAAAUCCAAUUACAAAGGUUUGGAAGAUGUUCAAUUUCCUCCAUCUCGAAAUCGAGGAGAAGAUAUUUUUGGCCCCAGAGAAAAAUUGAGAAACCCAAAUUCUCUUCUUUGGAGCCAGGAAGAAAUGGAUGUUAUGGUAGCCGAAGCCAAACGCGCAGGUGUUCCGGUAGCAAGUCAUGCUAGUUCAGAAGAAGCGGUAAUAAUGGCUGCUAAAGCGGGUGUUACGAGUAUAGAGCAUGGUCUCAUGCCCAGUGAAAAAGCCUUAGAAGUGAUGAAGAAAAUGGGUACUAUAUAUGUUCCUACACUAUCCGUUGUAGAACUAGAGGCGAAUGAUGAGGGGAGAUCAAUUGCUGUUUGCAAAGAGCACGCCAAACGGGCUUGGCAAAUGGGAGUAAAACUAGCCACAGGAUGUGAUACGGGGCCGUUCCCCCACGGAGAAAAUGCGAGGGAGAUGGAAUUAAUGAUUCAAGCUGGAAUCGAUGUAGCUGAUGUGCUCAGAGCUGCCACAUUAGGAGGAUGGGAAGCUUGUGGUGGGGAGUUGUGUGGGCAGGAUUUUGGAUGGUUGGGUGAGGACUGGAUUGCAGAUUUGGUCGCUUUAGAUGGAGAUUUGGAAAAAGAUGGAUUUGAAAAGGUUAUUAGAAAUGUCAGCUGUGUUAUAAAGGAUGGGAGAAUGGUGGUAGCAGAUGGGAAGAUUGUUGGUUUUGUUUGAUCAUCAUCAUCAUUGAUUUGAUAACUAUCUAAUGAGCAUAACAUGACAUAUCA